AUGAUCGAAUCGAUACGAGCUUAAAAAGCCCGAGGAAGAUGAUGACGGUGACACAAUGUAGAGGAAUAACCUUGAAGGGUGAGAGAUGUAAACGGAUGGCCAAGAAUGGCUAUUGUGCUCUGCAUGCAGCGAGACCUAGCGGUACACUGCCUACUAAAGGUCGCUUUAAUGGAGACCAACUCCCCCUAUUAAGUGUCGAAUCUCCAGAUCAAUUUGUUUAUGCGAAAAAAAAAUCACAAUCUCCAAAACGCCACAGUUUCCGCUCGCCCAUGCAACACAUUUCAAACUUCCCACUUGCAGGGAAUGCAAUAAGUUCUUCAAAAACCAAUCGAAAAAAGGAUGGGUACAUAUAUGUGUAUACAUAUACGAAAUUCAUAGCACCAUAUAUUGGAGAUCCAGUUCAAGUUAAUUCACCAUACACAAAAAAGAAUAAAAAUGGAGAUAAAUGGGAAACUUAUAACCCCAAAAAAUCUGAUUAUACCUUAAUUAAAGUUGGAAUGACUACUAAAUCCGUACAGGCGCGUAUUAGCGAAUGGGAAAAACAGUGUGGAAUCAGUCUUACAAGUUUACAACCAUUUGUAGAUUAUCACAAUGCCAAUUUUGUAGAGUGGUUCAAACAAAAAUGUACCCUUACUCCGAAUUUCUCCACAUUCAAGGACAAGGGGUUUACAUGUUCUAAAGUAGCCGCUGCAGAAGCUGAAAUACAUUCAAUCCUUCGGCAAAAGUAUGGCCAUGGAAAUCUAUAUUGUCCUGGUUGUAGAAAGGAAGAUCAAAAGUUAGGUAGACAUACUGAAUGGUUUUAUGUUAAAAAGAAGGACUUUCCUCUAAUUUUCAAGACCAUUGACAGUGUUUGCAAGAGGAUAAACGGGGGGAAAUGAGUUAGCAUUAGCAUUAGCA